UACGUUUUCAAUUCAAUGGUUUUGGAAAUUCCAUUUCUUCAUCUUCUUUCAAUUUCAUCUCUUUUUGCAUUUGUUCUUCGUCGUCUCAAUCGAGCUGUGUUCUUUAAAAAUUCAGUUGAACUGACUUAUUUAGGGCAACAAUGACUUGCGAGACGAAUGGUAUUGAAGAGGAUAACCUGCAACUCAUAGAUUUCUCGGAGGAAGAUGAUUACUUAAUCGCGUUUCCUUUUCGCGAUUCUCUCGAAGAUCUUCGACUUUCAGUAAGUUUUGAUGACGUGAAUGGAUUUGAUCAUACCAAGCUAUUUGGAGGUGCAAAUUCACAAGUAGUAGAGCGGAUUGAUCAUGUUCAAUCUGAAUCCAUGGAACCAAGAAGACCGAGCUUCUUGCGUAAAAGCUUAGCUUGGGAUAGUGCCUUCUUCACUAGUGCAGGUGUGUUGAAUCCUGAAGAGUUGUUUAUGAUAAAUAAAGGCUUCAAGAGAGCUGAAUCUAAUCAACCAUCAGAUGGUAAUGGAUUCUAUCUGGAGACUUUAGAAAGCGAUCUUUUCAAAUAUGUAAAGCCUAAUAAUAUCCACAAACUCAGCAAAAGAUCCAAAGUUGCAACCAACAUUGGUGGAUCAGAAUUCGGCCAACCAAAUGCACUCUCCAGCAAUAAGACGAAUAUUUGCUCUCAAAACAAGGUGAAAUCACUUCGAGCUCCGAAGAGCCAGAGCCUCAAUCCACAAGGAUCAAAGGGUAUGACAAAGACCAGUAUCACCGACCCCCAAAUUAUACAGGACAAGGUGUCAAGCCAAUCAAAACUCAUCUCAUCUAGACAGACUACUAAGGCAGCCAUUGAAGGAUCAGAUGACAUGAAAAUGGAAAACAAAACCAGAAAGGCUGGAUUGGUCCCAGAUUUGACAGCAUCCAAGAGGUCUCGAUGGGGAGACUUGUCUGGUCUUCCUAAGUCAACUUCUUUUACUUCUCCAACUACUGAAAAGGACUCAAAAGUUCAUCGCUCAUACGAUUCCUCUUCUAGUGCUUCAUCCUCCAAGCCUCUUAGAAGGAAAAUCAACCCCAGAAACACGAAACUACCUGCUUCCCCUUCAUCGGUCCAUUUUUCAUUGACAUCUAUCUGUUCUCCUGGCACAUCUCCUGCUAGCUCUAUUGAUGGAUGUGUCUCGGGACCUUUAUCUUCAACUUCUACUACUCAUCAAAAUUCUGCUAGUAGUUCUCACGAUGCCAUGCUGGCAUCAGAUUUUCAGAAUAAUCCGCUUACCCCUUCCCAUAAAUCGGAGGAAAGAAAGUUUGCUAGUGAAUAUGCCACAAGAGCAUCCAUAGGAACUACCCCAUCUUCUGGUGGACAAAAAAGAAAGAUCAAAUCUUCAGGUCUUAGAAUGCCAUCCCCAAAGAUUGGAUUCUUUGAUGAGGAGCAACCUUUGCAGCCAAGCUUGAGAAGAAUUACACAAGUCGAAUUUGGGGGACAGAGUCCUUCGCCUAACGAAAACAGAUUAAACAAAUUGCGGUCGUCUAAUCUUUCUCCUUGUGUUUCCACCGAGAUCUGCUCAAAAGUGAGAAAAAGUUCCAAUGGGGAACAUGAUGGAAGGAAAGUUAGUCCGAGUUAUAGCAAGGUGAAGGCAGAUGGGCAGAUAGCGAAAGAUAUACGAAAGAAGAAAAUGAAGAUGAAAGAUGAAGGUAUGAAGAAAAAGCAAGUAGAGGAAAGCCAAAAGGAGAAUGUGUAUAGCUUUGAAGAUGAAGUGAAUGGUUUAAGCAGGGAGUUGGAGGUGAUUGAUCUUGUUGAUAGGGAUGUGGUUUCAGAAGUCAAAGUUCAUGGCCAACUUUCUGUUCCUGGAACUCCUCAUCAUUGCUCAAGAACUCCAUUGAUUGAGAAGACAUUUGGUAAGCAAUAGAAUUGCAUUAAUAUCUUGGUUAUUCUGAUUCAUGAAUUUUGCUAUAUCUUUAUGCCUCAUUUACAGCAAAUAAUAUCAUGGUUUUGCUUGC